AUGUCUUUACUUGUUGAACAUUCAUUGAGCCCAUCUAUGAUAAGAGGGCAAGGGUAUGAUGGAGCUAGCAACAUGAAGGGUGAAAUAAAUGGCCUUAAGACUUUGAUUAUGAAUGAUACUCCAAGUGCCUACUAUAUACAUUGUUUUGCUCAUCAACUUCAACUAACAUUAGUUGCCGUUGCUAAAAAGAAUGAUAGUUGUGGUUGGCUUUUCGAGAUACUUGGAAAUUUGUUGAAUGUGGUUGGAGUUUCUUGCAAGAGAAGAGAAAUGAUUCGUCAAGAUCAAGCUCAAGAAGUUGCUCGAGCCUUGGAUGUUGGGGAUAUUGUGAGUGGAUCGGGUUUAAAUCAAGAACUUGGUUUGAGUAGGCCCGGGGAUACUCGUUGGAGUUCUCAUUACAAGUCACUUUUAAAUGCCAUCCUCUUAUUUCCUACAAUUAUUAAGGUGCUUGUACAAAUUGGGAAGCAUGGUGCAUCGGAAGAUAAGUUCAAAGCUCAAAUUGUUUUAGGACAAUUAGAGUCAUUUGACUUUAUUUUUGUUGCUCACUUGAUGUUGACUAUUUUUGGAUACACUAAUGAUUUGUGUGUUGCUUUGCAAAGAAAGGAGCAAGAUAUUGUAAAUGCCAUGGAACUUGUCACUUAUACAAAAACGGUGUUGCAAAAAAUGAGGGAGCGAGGAUGGGAUACUCUCUUAAACAAGGUAACUUCAUUUUGCACUAAACAUGGUGUUGUUAUUCCCACUAUGGAUUCUCUUUAUGUUCCUCAUGGAAGAUCAAGACGUUUUGUUGAAGAAGCAACAAAUGAACAUCAUUUUCGGGUUGGAAUUUUCUUAAGACUAAUUGAUUUGCAUCUUCAAGAACUUGAUGAACGAUUUAAUGAGAGGAAUAUGGAGUUACUAUUAUGUAUGGCUUGUUUAAGUCCUAAAGAUAACUUCUCAUCCUUUGAUAAAGAUAAGGUACUUAAACUUGCCUCUUUUUAUCCCGAAGAAUUUUCAAGCUUUGAUUUGAUGGCUCUUGAAUAUCAACUUGAUGUAUUCAUGGAGAAUAUGCUAAAUGAUGAAAGAUUUCAAGGUUUAAAUGACCUUAAUUCUCUUUCUAUGAUGCUUGUUAAAACCAAUAAGCAUAAGACUUUUCCUCUUAUUCAUUUGCUUAUCAAGUUGAUGUUGAUUCUUCCCGUUGCCACGGCAAGUGUUGAAAGAGUGUUUUCUGCAAUGACAUGUGUCAAAAACAAGUUGCGAAAUAGCAUGGGUGAUCAACUUAUGAAUGAUUGUUUGGUCACUUUUAUUGAGAAGGAUGUCUUCUUACGAGUUUCCGACGAAAAGAUUAUUGAUCGAUUUCAAAGUAUGAAGACUCGAAGAAUGAACUUGUAA